CGUCGAACCGGAAUUUGUCAAGUGCGUUCUUCUUCAAAAUCAAGCACCACAAGCUAAUUGGUCAUCAUGUAAAGAAUGGAAUGCUCCAACAUUUUAACAAAAGACAACCCUUUCGUUCCACCAAAGGGCACACGUUGUCCUCUCCUUUCUCUCAUUUUCGAGGAUGGAGAGGAUGAGGACGAUGAGGACGAGGCAAUGGCGGUGUAUUGGAAUUUGGAAGUGGGCGCGAAAGACGGAGUAGACGAAGACACCGAAACAGCAGACUUAAAACGGAUCAGAGCGACAAGUAACGAUGAUGUAGAUGAGGAUGGUUUAUCCGAACCAUCAAUGGACAGCGAUGCGACAUUCGAACUCGUCCCACCAUUUGAGGUACUCAUCUCGCAUGUCUGUCACCAUUGGCGUAUGGUGGCCCUUAACACGCCGUCUCUCUGGACGGAGAUCAACGUGUCCCCUCUCGAUUCACCCCCAUUUGAACGAGUUCAGAUUUUGCUUGGGCGUAGCAAGAGCCUCCCUAUCGAUAUACGCAUAGACUGCGAACCUCCAGAUGACGAAGAAGAAGAAGAGGAUUCCUCGGGCUCUGAAGACUCAGAGCUUGGUCAGUCCCCACGUUCGAUGACCUUUUCCGAUCUCGAUAAUCUCAUGUCCCUUCUUGUUCCACAUAUAUCACGCUGGGGAUCUAUCGAAGUGGCGGUCGCUUGUUACAAGCACAUGUUUGUUUUCCUCUCUGCAGUUUCAGAUCCUUCCAUAGCAGGUGCUCCUCAGCUCGAGGCUCUCCAAUUGUACCACCAUGAAGACGCAGAAAGCCUCACAGCUUUCGCCCAACCUGACCUCGUGCAACAUUUCAAGUUGUUCGGAGGCGUUGCUCCGCGUCUCAAGAGCGUAGCGUUGUGGGGUGUGCAUGUCGACUGGUGCCAAGAAUGGCUAUCUUGCGGGUCCAAUCUCUUGGACGUGGAGCUUGCUUAUCAUACAGACGAUGUGCGACCGGCAUGGAAACAAUUCGCUGCCAUACUUUGCGGUGCACCCAAGCUGGAAACACUCUCUUUAUGCAGCUCUGGUCCCCUCGGUGCUCCCCAUGACUGGUAUCCCGAAGGAAGUUCAGGAGGCUAUGGGGACGACUAUACCGGAGUCAUCGAGCUGCACUCACUGACGCAUCUUGUCCUGGCAUUCCAUUCACCAGUCUAUGUUAGUGGGUUGCUCCGCCGCCUGGCAUUUCCCGCACUCAAAAGUCUCACACUUGAUUUGGACGACGGGGAUUUUACGGAUCUCGCACUCCAACUUGCUGGUCCUGUGAUGACCGCAGUCCCGGUGGUAUCAAAGGAUGGAGAGAAGAAACGCAGUUUACUCAGCGGACUUGACACCCUCAAAAUAUCCGGUUUUCCCUGCUCAGACCGCAGCAUAGAGCUCGUGUACGCAGAGCUUGGCAACCUCAAGUCACUCAACCUAGCGAUGACGUACCUCCCUCCUGCGUUCCUUCAGUUACUUUAUCACCCUUGUUCUCUUCCUGGCCAGCGAGACGUUUGUCACUUGGUGCAGAGGCGAAAGGAAGCAGGUGUCCCUCUGAAGGCUGUGUAUAUGGAGGAGAACGACGAAAUCACGGAUCAAGAUAUACAAUGGCUGAAGGAUAAUGUGGAGGAAUUUGAUUUCUUUGAGGCUAGUGACGAUGAAUACGAGUCACUAGCAGAUAUUGAAGAGGAACACGAGGGUUCAGAAUCGGAAUGGGAGGAAGUUGAUGAUUGAUUUCCAGAUGUAUGCCUGUAUGUGCUUCACGUGCCAUGCACUGCUCAAAUCGACAAAUCCCGAUCUGACUUGCUUCUUUCUGAAGUAUCUGUGUGGCUUUCGCCUACCUCUCGCUAUUAUGUACUUGGGGCGGUUGCUUGAAGCGCGCUUGAACAACACGAUGGCUCUCGGAGAUCAGAUCGCGAUACACUGAUAGUCAUCUCGCAUGCCGGUUUAUAGAUGCGUUCAAGUAUACUUUAUAACUUAUAAGUGAUCAUUUCGCUGAUGCUCAGGUGUGAUUUUGUGGAAUAUUGAUGUACAAGCAAUCCGUUCG